AUGCAGAAGGAAGUUCAUCAAAUGAUGAUUCAACAGAUGAAAGCCCGACUUGGCCCUGGUCAUGAGGAGCUGGCAGCGAAACUAAUUCCCCAGUGGCCUCCAGGCUGCAGACGACUGACACCGGGAGAUCAGUAUCUUGAAUCCCUUGUCAAGGAUAAUGUGAAGCCCGUGUUUGAUGAGAUUGCCGAGAUUGAUAAGACAGCUGUGGUGACCACGGAUGGAACUAGGCACGAGGUAGAUGUCCUGGUCUGUGCGACCGGCUUCGAUGUGUCGUUCGUGCCGUCGUUUGAGAUUGUGGGCAGGAAUGCCACCCAAAUUGCAGAUGCAUGGAAAGAUCUCCCUGACGCCUACCUUGGCUUGUCAGCUCCCAAUUUUCCCAAUUAUUUCAUGGUCUGCGGACCUCAGGGCACGCUUGGAAAUGGCUCGAUCCUACCAUCUGUCGAAGUCACUUGUGAUUACAUCACAUCGUUCUUGCUCAAGAUGCAAAUGGAGAGAAUUGCUUCCGUUGAAGUCAAACAUGAAGUCACCAAUGAAUUCCAGGAGCAUAUGCACAAAUUUCACCAAAAAACAAUUGAUACAUCGAGUUGGACAUAA